AUCCCUCCCCUCUCUUACGCUUCUACCCUCCCCACGCUUUCACGACUUCAAAACACUACAACCUCCUCUCCUCUCUAUUCCGCCUCAAUCCAAUACAGAAUUGAGGUAAAUAUUCUUCUUCUACCUCCCGACCCUUUCCUUUUCUUCACCACUGCUACUAUAUCGAAAACACUACCCGGAGUUCGCGUCCAGACCCGAAACGACACCACAGCGUCAUUGCUGUUCAGCAUCAUUAUCACCCAAUUUAUUCUUAACACUGGCUGAACCUCGAUAUUCAAUAUUCAACAUUAGCGAUCAAAUUCACCCAAUUGAUCACUCCAGGCUGGGCAGUUCACCCUGAGACUGAACUGGCCAUAUCCGCUUCAUACGUUUUGUCGUAAACGUCUGUCUGCGACACAUUGGUCUCACCGAUCGGCAAACAACUACCGUUGACGGCCAUUAUCUGCUCCCAAAUCCAACGCCAUAUUGGCAACUUUGUGCCUUGCCCAGGAAAUCUUACUGCUCUAUGCCGGCACUCGGCUUUCUCAAAAAGAUUCGGACGAAGGACGCGCCUGGACCCGACGGUACAGCUACGAAUGCGAACGACGCAGUAGAGCAGUCCACAAAACCCGCUGCAGGCGAUAAUCCCAACAAAACUGGCACAGCUGGGCAGGAACCGCAAGGCCAGAAGCCCCAGGAAAUUCCAGUAACUGCAACUAAAGCGGACCAGACGACCGCCGACGGAGUCCCGAUGACGCCAGGGACGGACUACCAACAGUAUGCGCCUUCACCUCAAACUCAGCCACAGGAAGAGAAGAAGCACUAUCUACCUCACAUCCACAACCUAAUACAUCCCAACCAAAAUGAAAACACUGGCCAGACAAUGACAAACCAGGCUUCCCCAGCAGGAGCGGUAGCUCAGCAGCAAGUCAGAAGUACCAAGGGCAAGUACAGCCUGACGGAUUUCGAUCUCCGGCGAACUCUAGGUACCGGAAGUUUUGGCCGGGUUCAUCUCGUGCAGUCAAAACAUAAUCAAAGGUACUAUGCUGUUAAAGUAUUGAAGAAGGCCCAGGUGGUCAAGAUGAAGCAGGUUGAGCAUACCAAUGAUGAGCGCUUGAUGCUGCAGGAAGUCAAGCAUCCAUUUUUGAUAACACUAUGGGGAACAUUCCAAGACUCCAAGAAUAUCUAUAUGGUCAUGGACUUCGUCGAAGGUGGUGAACUGUUUUCGCUCCUCAGAAAGUCGCAGAGGUUUCCCAACCCCGUGGCAAAGUUUUAUGCUGCCGAAGUUACUCUCGCCCUGGAAUACUUGCACUCAAAGGACAUCAUUUACCGAGACUUGAAGCCCGAAAACUUACUUCUGGAUCGCCAUGGACAUCUCAAGAUCACUGAUUUUGGAUUUGCGAAGAAAGUACCAGAUAUCACGUGGACUCUUUGUGGGACACCUGACUACCUGGCUCCAGAAGUGGUUUCCAGCAAAGGAUACAACAAAUCUGUCGACUGGUGGUCUCUUGGCAUCCUGAUUUUCGAAAUGCUUUGCGGUUAUACACCAUUCUGGGAUGGUGGCUCCCCUAUGAAGAUCUACGAGAAUAUUCUUAAGGGGAAAGUGAAGUAUCCUCCGUACAUCCAGCCACCUGCCCAGGAUUUGUUGCAACAACUGAUCACCGCUGAUCUGACAAAACGGCUGGGAAAUUUGCACGGCGGUGCUGAGGAUGUGAAGAGACAUGCAUGGUUUGCCGAAGUCACAUGGGACAGGCUCGCAAAGAAGGACAUCGAUGCACCAUAUGUCCCACCUGUCAAGGCUGGUGUUGGUGAUGCCAGUCAGUUCGACAAGUACCCAGAGGAAACCGAGCAAUACGGAGCUGUAGGACCGGAUGAACAUGGCCAUUUAUUCACAGACUUCUAAACUCUCAAAGCUCACCGAUGCGGUAGAGGAGUACAUUUAUCCGAUUAAAGAACAUUUUUUAUUCACGGCAAGGAUAGAUUCUUGAUGCACACCAACUCGGUUUCCUCAUGGUUGGGAAUGCACGAAGCACAUAUGAUGCAAUGAAUGGAUGAAUGAGACGUGAAGGGCAUGUUGCAUGUCGUGAAGCUGGGGGAUGAACCAUUAUUACCGUUGCACAAUAGCGUUAUUACAGGCUAUCAUAACUUACACCAGGCUUGCGAAUAUUGCAUGUCAUUUUUGGGUAGUUAGACGGGCAUUGGGAAGGUUGGUUUUGGGGUGUGGGCAGCAAACUUAGCAUCAAAUAUGAAAUGUGUUAUCAUUUGCAUCUUGCUAUACUUGGAAGGACGGAAUCACAGCACGGAUCGAUCGGGCAGCAGACUUAGCAUUAAAUAUGAAAUGGGUUAUCAUUUG